AUGAAACUUGGCAAACUCGUGGCUCAGGUCCGCAUUGAUGGUGGUUCUCGCCCACACUUUGGGUCCGGGGACACCAUUACUGGCCAUGUAAUUCUAACGUACAAGCCGCAGACUGGGCUCUUCAAGAAAAACACUGCCACAGCACCACUGUUUGGGCCGCUCAAGGUCGCCGUCAUCCUCCAUGGGGCCGUCAGGAUCCGUGUCCGGCGUGAUAGGGAGAUGCCAACGAGUCACGGUGUACAGUUGUUCGCUCUGGCGUUUCCAGUCUACAAUGAAUCGUUCAAGGCCGAGGUUGAAGACGAGCACCGCCUACCCUUCACUGCCAGCUUCCCAGACGUUCCAGGUGCAGAGGUUACUCCCUAUAGUGGAGGUGUCAGUAAUGCAUUGCCGCCAUCGUUCAAUCAGCACUUCUCUGACUACGCCGAUAUUGUCGAUGUGGCAGUGGUCUAUGCACUUGGCGCGACCGUCGAUAUGCCAGGCAUUGACAUCAAGACGAGCAUCCCGAACGUCAACCCGACAUCCACCAUCCUGCCUUUCGGUUUAAAGAACAGCAUGAGUCCUCACGACGCCCCACUCGUAAGAUACCAAAUAGCGCGACCACCCAAGGCAUUUGUAGACAGCGGUAUCACCAGUUUCACGAAUCAAGCAAAGGUGCAGACCGAGCAUCUCCUCCCAGAAGACCAACGCCCAUCCGGAUUCAAGCAAAAGGCCAAGGCUGUCUUCACUUCGAGUCACUUCCCUACCUUCGCAGUGGAGAUCACUUGCACUCAUCCUCAGCACAUCUUCCCGGGACAGCAGUUGAGCUUUGAGGUAGCCCUGCGACGACUUGACGACGAAACAUCGGCCUCUUUCUUCCCCGAAGUCACGCUGGAGCAGUUCAAAGCCGAAAUCGUCGCAUAUACGUCCGUUGAUACGAGCCAGCGCAGAGUAGGUCGCGGCACUUGCCGUGACAAACACGUUGUUCAGACAAUGACACGUCAUCCUGGUGGACCUAUAGAUCUGUCGAAAGGCAACGACCACACUGCAGUGAUCACUACUGACCCAAUCAGAAAUCACCCUAGCUCAUUCAGUCACCACACAGUGUCGCGGCAGUACAACCUGCGACUAUUUAUGCAGUUCAAGAUCGCGAACAAGGGCAUUCGUCUGAACAGGGAGUGUGGCAUCGUCAUGGUUCCGACACCACUGGACUACAGCACUGCGACUGGCUGGGAUGCACCACCUGCUGAAGCAGGACCUUCUACCGCCACUGAUUCACACGAAGACGAAUUGCCGACGUACGAGGAAGCAAGAGCAGGACCAUCGGGCUCAAGCGGUCAAAAUGGAAGCGCUCAAAACGGAGACGACAUCUCUAGGCCUACUUAUGAGGAAGCACAGGCUGUCGAUUCGAAAAAUGCCCUUGGGCCUUUUACAUGA